AUGGGAUGCAUACGAAGUUUUGCUUAUUGCAUCAAAGAUCUCCUUCUCAUCCACAAGAUUGGAAAGGAGAUCGGUGACAUAGAAAGAAGGCUCAACGAGAUCUCAUCCAACAGAUCAGAUUAUGGCAUCAGCAAUAUACUAGGAUGUGGAGAAGCUUCAUCUUCCUCAAAUCCAAGCCAGACGUCGAGGGAGAAGAGGGUUCCCAUCGCCGAGGAAGCUGUUGUGGUUGGUGUUGAAGAUGAGACAAAGACACUGGUGGGGCGGUUGAUUGAAGGAGAUGCGCGGCGUGCUGUCAUUUCGAUCACUGGUAUGGGAGGAAUAGGUAAGACUACUCUCGCUAAGAAAGUAUACAAUAACAUCGAUCUAAAUGAAAGCAAAGAUGCGAUGAUCUCCGACAUAUUGGCCCUUAGCUACCAUGACUUACCCUAUUACUUGAAGUUCUGCUUUCUUUAUUUCGGAGCUUUUCCUGAAGACUCUGAAAUUGAAGUGGACGACUUGAUUAAGUUGUGGAUAGCUGAAGGGUUUGUGCAGCAAAGAGGAGAAGAAGAACUGGAGGAUGUUGCAGAGGAUUUUGCGGAAGAGCUCAUCAACAGAAGCAUAAUUCAGGUGGCGUAA